UUCUGGCACCUGCAUCUGGAACACUCGACAGAGGUCAUGAACCCGAUGCCAGCUCCUCAGUGGGGAACCCAGAUACGGUAUGGCCAGUCCCUUAGCUGGCAGAGACGGGCCAGUUUAGCUCGCGCAGCUGCAAGGUCGUGUAGUAGUAUUGGCAUGUGGUCAUCUUCAUCCGGGUCGUCGUCGACAGUGACAGGCACGGUUGCGAGUAAGUCAGGUUUGUAUUAGGUUGAGUGCCUACGUUCAAACGGGCAGUCAUUGUUGCUGCGCACAAUGACAAACGAUGGGCAACGCAGUCAUCUUACUGAACCCCUCAACCCAGUGAACCACAAACAGUUUAUCGACCUCAUCAACAUGCUAUCCCUGCGCAAUGGCGGUCAGUUGGGACCGAACAACGAUGAAGCAGAUGAAGGAGUGCCCUCCGUUAGGAGUAUUAGCGAACAAGGUGAACUCCAGCGACGUUUUCUGGACAGCUUCGCGGAGAUCAUGUCGAGAGACAAGGGUGGAGAGCACAUAUGUUCUGUAGCAUUGUGUGAGUCAGGAGAUCGACGCCUCGAUGGGGAUACCAAAGUUUCCUUGUUCGUUGCCCGCAAUAACGAUUUCAAGAAUCUGGACGAAACAUUCUGUAACAAGCUUGAAGGGCUACUCGCCACUAUUGGUGCGUCUGUUUACGGAGAGCUAAAUGGCACACCUGUUCUUCUCUGCACUCAGACCAGGCAUGAUGACAUGCACAUCCUAGAUAUCUCUGCGGUCGAAGAGGAGCUUUGGGAGGACCUGUUGCAUUACAACCAACCGCGCCUCAACGUUUAUGUGAAAAGCUUGCAUAGCAAUUUGGAAGCAUUCAAAAAUGCUGGAUCCCUGGCCAGCGUCCCUCCUUAUAGCACUGGCUCCGAAUCACUGCAGGAUGGCAAUGCUGAACCUACCACUUGCUGUGACAAUCCUAACAUCGGUCCUUACUCUAUGGAUACUCACGACGCCCACAUGAGACUCGCCCAGGAGCAUAUACUCGAACUUGAUAAUCUUUUGUGCUCCAGCAACGGAGCAGCCCAGUGGCGCCCUCUCGCCGAGCAUACCUAUUCCAUCCGACACAUGGCGUCUCUCAAGAUACUAAUCAAUUCCUGUCCUAAUGUUUCUACUGGGCGUAAGCUCAUCCAAGACAUUCAGCUCUUGGGCCGUUUUCGAUCUUGCCUCAGUACGCUCGUAAAAGCAGCGCUGCGCAUCCCGGGGUUCGCCAAACUAUCUAUAAUUCUCGUACAGAACCUUCAACGUCGUUCUCUUUCGUACACAUCACCUUCCUUGGCGGAUGUGACGAUGCAACAUCUGGGUCAGGCUCUGAGUAUGACCACCGUCAAGAAAUUCAUCAGCAAAAAAUGGAACGUCAUCAAGGCAACACUGAGGUUCGAGCAGGUUCAGAGCAAGGUCUCUGGGAAGCCCCUCCCUACUCAUGCCGAAGUUCAGCUCAUCCUUUACAUCACAAGGUGUGCGUAUAGUGAAAACAUGAACAGAGAAAUAUGCCCGUAUAUCGGAUGCAGCAGGCUACCAUGCUUCCUUUGUGCUGCUUUCAUCAACUACUUCACUCUGGAUGGUGUUACAUUCAGAACGCGUGGGAGUCACCGGAAGAUCUACCCCCGAUGGUCCAUCCCGGACAUGGAUGGAUUGCAUGAUGACAUGGUCAUGGCUCUUGAUUCUGCAUUGGAGGAUAUGCAAAACUUACUGCGCGGCGAGCUCAACAAGCCUAUCAUAUCAACUCCUCAUCGCCCUGAAUCACCUGCCGAAGUUACAGAUGAUACAGAUGAUGAAUAGACACAAGUACUCACCUUUGUUCAGUAUACUGUACGGUUUAACCUCUUUUUUUUUCCCACUCUUUUCUUUCUUCUCGCUCUGCUACACCGACCACAAGUACGCACGUCGCCACAUGAUUGUACAGAAAUUCACCCAUUUCGCCGGAUCCGCCUCGAACGCUUUGAGCUAGGAGUACGUGCUAUUAUACUAAAUAUCACGUCCAUUUUG